AUAGUGGUAGUUUUAUACUCCUACUCAGCUCUAUUCUCUCAACUGGGAAAAAUAAAACAAACAGAUCACACAUCUCCCCAACUUUAGCAACACCUUCAAUAUUUCCUGCAUCCAUGACCUCACUACAAUUACAAUGAUUCAUUCAAUUUACUGACCCAAAUUGUCCGCCAUUACUGCAACCUUUCCAACUCCCACAAUGCUUCACAUUUUCUUCUUUCUUUCUCUUUUUCUCUCUCCUCAUCUAUUUGCCGCCACCACCAACCUCGUACUCCCUCAUCAACACCCUGACCCUGAAGCUGUUGCGGAAAGUGUUCACAGGAUGGUGAAUGCAUCACUAGUAAGAAGACAAAUGCUUGAAGAAUCCAAGCAUCCAACCUCAUCCGCUUGCUUAACCGGCAACCCAAUUGAUGACUGUUGGCGUUGUGACCCACAUUGGGCGUCAAACCGUCAGCGGUUAGCCGAUUGCGCCAUUGGGUUCGGGCAAUCAGCAAAGGGAGGGAAAGGUGGUCAGAUCUACGUAGUAACCGAUUCCUCCGACUCCGACCCAGUAAACCCGAAACCGGGUACGCUGCGAUACGGUGUGCUCCAGGACGAACCGUUAUGGAUAGUUUUCUCUAGUGAUAUGACAAUCAGGCUCAGAUACGAGCUAGUUAUGAGUAGUUACAAAACCAUCGACGGCCGAGGAGCUAACGUCCAUAUUACCGGUGGUGGGUGCAUCACACUACAGUAUGUCUCCAACAUAAUUAUUCACAACAUUCAUGUCCAUAAUUGUGUCCCAGCGGGUAAUGCGUUAGUAAGGUCGAGCCCCACCCAUGUGGGGUACCGCUCGAAAUCGGACGGUGAUGGCAUGACUAUAUUCGGGUCAAGUAAUAUUUGGAUUGAUCAUUGCUCUUUAUCUUCUUGUACUGAUGGGUUGAUUGAUGCUACUGUGGGGUCCACCGCUCUUACCAUUUCUAACAGUCAUUUUACGCAUCAUAAUGAUGUUAUGCUGCUUGGUAACAGUGAUGGCCAUGUCUUGGAUGAGGGAAUGCAGGUGACAUUGGCGUUUAAUGUGUUUGGAGAGGGAGUAGUGCAAAGGAUGCCUAGGUGUAGAAGAGGGUAUGUGCAUGUAGUUAACAAUGAUUUUAGGUAUUGGGAGAUUUAUGUUAUUGGUGGGAGUGAUAAUCCAACAAUCAAUAGCCAAGGUAACCGCUUCACAGCCCCGGCUAACCCGUUUAUUAAAGAGGUGACGAGGCGUGUGGAAACAGGUGAUAAGAAUUGGGAAAAUUGGAACUGGAGGAGUGAAGGGGACAUAAUGCUAAAUGGAGCCUUCUUUGUGCCUUCUGGGAACGGUUUAACUGCACAGUAUGCCAAAGCUUCCAGUACUGAACCCAAAUCUGCAGCGUCCAUUGACCAGAUUACUAUGAAUGCUGGUGCUUUUGGCGACCCCAGGGACACCACAAACAUGCCACAAGGCGGUGGAACAAGCACGAGUAGCAGUCAGGCUAAAUCUGGCGCUGGCUACAGUUCAAGUUCUGGCUCCGGUUCUGGUUCUGGUUCUGGAUCUGGAUCUGGAUCUGGUAGUGAAGACUACUUCGGCAUGAUGUUUGGCAAUGGUGGUCCAAAAUCCUUAUCUACAGCCUCCGUUUUCUUGGCUACUGUUGUCAUUCUAAUAUUUUGCACAAUUACUAACCACGGCAAUCUGCUGCCCUUAACAUUAUUAUGCCUAUAGUUAUUAAUCAAAAUUAUCCAACAAGCCCUCCUUCCCCCAUCCCCACCCCUACCCCCACCCCCCAAAACAAAAACAAAAACCAAUUUUCGGCUAUAUGUCAUGCGGCUUUGUAUUGUAAUCUGCUAACAUGGGGAAGACGUCUAACACAAGAACCCCAAAACAGUACGGUUUGAGCUCAAUUGAACUGUAUAUUUUGAAACUUGGAGAGAUGAGAUGCCUAAUCUAAUGACUAACUAAUUAUUCUUGUAUGGUUAAGAAGGUUCGAAUCCCUCUCCUCUACUUGUAAUUUGUAUUGCCAUUAUAACCCAGUUGCACCAACAAAAAUUAUUCUUGUAUUUGUACUGCAUUUGAAUCUUGCUUCCA